UAAUAAUAGUUUAUAUGAAGAAGAAAGAUAAAUGAAGAAGGAAAGAAGAGAAUAAGUGCAGUGAUCUUUGUGCGUGUGUUGUUGUUGAUCUUGGUUGGGUGUGAGUCUUGGGUGUGAAAAUGUCGCACAGCGAUACCAUACCUCUUCACCCAUCUUCCCAAUCCGACAUCGACGAGAUCGAGAACCUCAUCAAUGCCAGCGUUCACCAAUCAGUCCCUCCCGCACGCCCUCCAAGUCCCCCACGCGCCUCCAUCCCGGUCUCCGUCUCCGCCGCCCCUUCCCCCUUCAUUUCUUCCAACCUCCCUACGCCGCCGACGGUCCCCAAAUCCUCCUCUUCCGCUCCUCCCCCUUCCCCGCCUCCGCGUUCCGACAUCUCCGGGUUCGGACCCGCCCCCAACACCCUCACAGAGCCCGUAUGGGACACUGUGAAGCGCGAUCUUUCGAGAAUCGUGAGCAAUCUGAAGCUGGUUGUCUUCCCUAACCCUUACCGCGAGGACCCUGGUAAGGCACUCAGAGAUUGGGAUCUGUGGGGCCCUUUCUUCUUCAUCGUCUUUCUCGGCCUCACCCUCUCUUGGUCUGCCUCUGUCAAAAAGGUAUAUAUCUAUUUCUAUCUUCGUUGUACUCUUUCUUCCUAAUUGGUAGGGUUUGCA